AUGGUUCAGGAUUCUCCAAACAUUAACAUGCGUGAUUUCAUCAAUGAGUUAGAAGAUUACGUGCCCACAAUCCCCGAUUCAGUUACUUUACAUUUUAUGCGAUCAUGUGGUUGCGAUUGUUCUGAUCCGCGAAUAGUGAGGUUGAUCGCUUUGGCAACUCAAAAGUAUGUCUCUGAUAUUAUCCUCGACGCUAUGCAACAGGCUUCGAGGUCUUCGGCUGUGAACAUGUUUCCUUUGCGAUUGAUGGUUCGCCGAAUGUCUCAUCUUGCGUCCCGAUUUACAGGACGAGGUGAUGUUCAUGUCGUAGAUCCGACGGUCGACCUUAGGUAUAUUUUCGAAGAUAUGGAGCAGUUGCGACGUGCACUGGAGGAGCGCCGUAGUGAUGUCAGUAUCUCGGAAGUGAAGGAGAAAUAUGAUGCAUGGUGGACAAAAUAUCAGACUUGGAAGGAAGCUAGUAACUCAUCCAAGGUCUCUCUUCUUUCUAUUCCAUAA